CUUUACCCUAACACCCUCAGCCUCAAACCCUCUGCCCAAAAAUCUCACACUCCUCUUCUUCCCUUCCCAGGCAAAUCAGACUGCGUUACAUAGCGGCCGCAAUCCCAGCCGCUGCCGCUAUCGCUAUCGCAACCACAGCCACCGUCGCCGUCGCUCUCUCAAGGCCUUGUUGCCGCUAAGAUGCACGCUUCUGCUUCCACUCCUUUGCGAUUUCAUCUCAGAUUGUGCGUCUUUUCUUGCAGGUCGGAGAGUUUUUGAUUUUGUUGCACCAUGUCUAAUUUUGCGAAGCCGGAGAAUGCGUUGAAGCGCGCCGAAGAGCUGAUUGCUGUUGGACAGAAGCAAGAGGCUCUCCAGACGCUUCACAACCUGAUUACCUCCAAGAGGUACCGAGCAUGGCAGAAGACACUCGAGCGGAUCAUGUUUAAAUAUGUCGAGCUGUGCGUCGAGAUGAGAAGAGGGAGAUUUGCCAAGGAUGGGUUGAUUCAGUAUCGCAUAGUGUGUCAACAAGUGAAUGUGAACUCCUUGGAGGAGGUAAUCAAGCACUUUAUGCAUCUCUCCACCGAGAAAGCUGAACAGGCUCGGACCCAAGCACAAGCACUGGAGGAAGCUCUUGAUGUUGAUGAUCUCGAAGCUGAUAAAAGACCAGAAGAUCUGAUGCUUAGCUAUGUCAGCGGGGAAAAGGGGAAGGACAGGUCUGACCGUGAGCUUGUUACUCCUUGGUUCAAGUUCUUGUGGGAGACCUAUAGAACUGUGCUGGAAAUUCUGAGGAACAACUCAAAAUUGGAAGCAUUAUAUGCGAUGACAGCACAUCGUGCCUUUCAAUUCUGCAAACAAUACAAACGAACAACUGAGUUUAGGCGGCUGUGUGAAAUUAUUAGAAAUCAUCUCGCCAACCUCAACAAGUAUAGAGAUCAGAGGGACCGACCUGAUCUGACAGCUCCUGAAAGCUUGCAGAUGUAUCUGGAGACAAGAUUUGAGCAGCUCAAGGUUGCCACUGAGCUUGAGCUCUGGCAGGAAGCGUUUCGCUCUGUCGAAGAUAUUCACGGCUUGAUGUGCAUGGUGAAGAAGACUCCCAAAGCAUCCUUGUUGGUUGUCUACUAUGCUAAGCUGACCGAGGUCUUUUGGAUCUCGUCAAGCUAUCUCUAUCAUGCUUAUGCAUGGUUCAAGCUUUUCAACCUUCAGAAGAGCUUCAACAAAAACUUAAGCCAGAGAGACCUGCAGUUGGUUGCUUCAGCUGUUGUCUUGGCAGCUUUAGCAGUGCCUCCAUAUGAUGCUCGCCGUGCAUCUCAUGUAGAACUUGAAAAUGAGAAGGAGCGUAAUUUGAGGAUGUCAAAUCUCAUUGGAUUCAAUCUAGAUCCCAAAGCUGAGAGCAGAGAAGUGCUUUCAAGGGCUGCUCUCCUCUCUGAACUGGUGUCCAAGGGUGUGCUGAGCUGCGCAACUCAAGAGGUGAAGGAUAUUUACCAUCUUCUAGAGCACGAGUUCCUCCCAGUUGAUCUUGGUGCAAAGGUGCAGCCUUUGCUGACCAGAAUUUCUAAACUUGGGGGAAAGCUUGCUACAAUUUCUUCUCUGCAAGAGGCUCAGCUAUCCAAAUAUAUUCCUGCUCUCGAAAAGCUUGCUACUCUCAGGUUACUGCGACAGGUAUCUCAGGUGUAUAGCACAAUGAGGAUCGAGAGCUUAUCUCGUAUGAUCCCCUUCUUUGAUUUUGCUGUUGUGGAGAGAAUUUCUGUUGAUGCAGUUAAACAUAAGUUCAUUGCUAUGAAAGUCGACCAUAUGAAAAGUGUUGUCAUGUUUGGAGAUGCGCUUCUUGAAUCUGAUGGCCUCCAAGACCACUUGGCUGUGUUUGCUGAAUCCCUGAACAAAGCAAGGUCCAUGAUAUAUCCUUCUGCUAAGAAAUCAUCAAAGCUAAGUGACAUUUUACCUGCACUCGGAGAGACUGUCGAUAAGGAGCACAAGAGACUUCUUGCUAGAAAGUCGAUAAUAGAGAAACGGAAAGAAGAACAAGAACGCCAACUUCUCGAAAUGGAACGAGAGCAAGAGGUGAAAAGAUUGUCCGAACAAAAGAGAACAGAAGAGCAAGAGCAAAAGAGGCUGGCGGCAGAGUAUGAACGCCUGAAAAACCAGAGGAUCCUUCGUGAGAUUGAGGAGCGCGAACUUGAGGAAGCACAGGCAUUCCUCGAGGAAACUGAGAAGCGUAGUAAGAAGAAGAGCAAGAAGGGUGUUGUAGAAGGAGAAAAGGUGACCAAGCAAUCCUUGAUGGAACGGGCUCUGAACGAGCAGCUCAGGGAGAGGCAGGAAUCAGAGAAGAAACUGCAGAAGCUUGCUAAGACGAUGGAUCAUCUUGAACGGGCUAAGAGAGAAGAAGCAGCUCCGUUGAUUGAAGCCGCCUUCCAGCAACGACUUGUCGAAGAGAAGGCCCUACAUGAACGUGAACAACAGCUGGAGGUUGAACAGAGCAGGCAACGCCAUGAUGGAGACCUCAAGGAGAAGAACAGGCUUAUCCGCAUGUUGGAUAACAAGAUGAUUUUCCAGGAGAGAGUGAUUGCCCGUCGACAAGCGGAGUUUGACCAAAGGCAAGCAGCAAGGGAAGCGAGGAUCAAUCAGAUAAUUCAGACGAGGAGACAGGAAAGGGAGAUUCAAAGGAAGAAGAUAUUCUACAUCAAGACUGAGCAAGAGAGGCUUGCUAGACUCAAGGAGGAGGAGGAAGCUCGUAAGCGCGAAGAGGCCGAGAGGCGAAGGAAGGAAGAAGCUGAACACAAGGCAAAGCUGGACGAGAUAGCGGAGAAGCAGAGGCAAAGGGAGAGAGAACUGGAAGAGAAAGAGAGGCUGAGGAGGGAGGCUCUAUUGGGCCCCAGACCUGCUGCUGCCACCGAGGUCCCGGUUGCUGCUCCUGUUGCUGCUGCGGCUGUUCCGGUUGCUGCUGCGGCUGCUCCAGCUGCUACUGGAGGUGCUGCUGCACCACAGAAAUACGUCCCGAGGUUCCGUCGUGGAGGUGGUGCUGAGAACCCCCCGCCAGCCAGACAGCAGGCUCCUCCGUCAGAUACCGAUCGCUGGAGCAGUGGUGGCGGAGGCAGAGCUAGGCCUGGGGCUCCCCCAGAGGCGACUGACCGUUGGACCCCUGGUGGCGCUAGGCAGGAUCCAGACCGACGUGGCAGUGGUGGCGGCCCAGCAGACACCUGGCGCCGUGGUGGUGGCAGCAGUAGCGGAGGCGGUAGUAGUGCUUCAGGGUCUGGCACCUGGUCAUCUUCUAGGCGCUAAGCUUUGAAUUUUGAAAGCCAUUGAUGCACUCUGCUGGUGUUGGUCUUGGGAGGUAGGGGUCGAAUUGAAUUUUUCACGGCGUACUGAAGGAAGUAAUAACUUGCUGCUUUUGUUUUCUGUUUUGGAAUCUUGAGGGAUUUGUUGCCUAAUUAUCUUAAGAUCUUGGCGGUUUCUGGUUUAGCAGCGUUGUUUUUUCCCCCUUUUUUGUUCAAUUGAAUGGUAAAAUUGUAAUGGUGGAUACACUGGUAUUGGAACCUCGUCGAAAUUUUGUAGCGUAUAUUAGAACUUGUUUGCUGUUUACCGAUUUGGUUUUUUUACCUCCAGAGUUUACCGAAUAGUUCAAGUGUAGUUACCUUAUUUCUGAUCCUGGACUCCUGUAGGUUGCAAAAUCAAAACCUGACUAAUAAAGGAGGAAAUAGAUUGGAUCUCUGGAA